AUGCGGCUGCUCUCCAGUACUGGCGCGAACCUGUCUCUGACACCCCAUGCCCGGGCCGCCUCCGCCCUGGCCGCCGCCAGCACGGAGGGGGAGGUGGUGGAGGUUGGGGGCGUGGUCCAGAAGGUGUGGUUCAAGUCCACGGAGACGGGGUAUGCCGUGCUGCGGCUGCGGGCCGACAGCCCUCGCGGCGCGGAGGCCAUCACCGUGGUGGGCACGCUGGCCCACGUGGCCGAGGGCCAGGCCCUGCAGCUGCAGGGAAGCUGGAAGCGGCACCCGCAGUAUGGGCGCCAGCUGGCGGUGAGCGAGGCGGUGCAGGUCGCGCCGCGGUCCGACGCCGAGCUCGCGCUCUACCUCGCCAGCGGGGUGCUCCCGGGUGUGGGGCAGGUCACCGCCAAGGCCCUGGUCGAAACCUUUGGCGUGGAGAUCGAGUCAGUGCUGUCGGCGCCUGACGCAGUGGCGCGCCUGCGCCGCUGCCCCGGCGUCGGCGCGGCCAAGGCCGCGCGCAUCAAGGCCGCAUGGGACGCGCUGGGAGGCAGCCGCGCGGGGUUCCUCUUCGCCAAGGGCGCGGGCGUGCCGGCGCUGGUCGCGCAGGCCCUGGCCGAGGAGCUAGGCUCCGGGGUCGAGGCCGCGCUGCGUUGCGAUCCCUACGCCGCGCUUUCCGGCCGCGGCCUGGGCCUGGCGCGGCUGGACGCCGUGGCCGCGCGCCUCGCCUGCCGGAGGGACCUGGCUAGCCGGGCCGGGGCGGGCACGCUGGAGUGCCUGGGAGCGGCCGCCAACGCCGAGGGCCAUUCGUAUCUGCCGUGGCGCGACCUGCAGGCGGCCACGCUGCGCACGCUGGGAGGCAGCGGCGGCGAACCCUGCGCCUCCGGCGCCCUGGCCGCGGUGGUGGCCGACCUGGCAGCCGUCGGAGAGCUGGCGCUACGUCGCGCCGACGGCGCGGAGGCGCCUGAGUUUGAUAUUGGCGCGGGGGCUCGCCGCCGUCGCGGCCUCGCCCCCGGCGACACGUUGCGCGACGCCAUUGCGAUGUUCGAGCACUGCGCGGCUAAGCCGCUGGCGGCCGACGCCGUGCUGGUGGACGAGGCCUCCAUGCUCAGUCUGCCCCUGGCCGCGGCGCUGAUGCAGGCGCUGCCGCCCACCUGCCAGCUGGUGCUGGUGGGCGACGUCGACCAGCUGCCCAGCAUAGGUCCCGGCACGGUGCUCAACUGCAUCCUCACCUCGGGCCUGGUCCCCGUGACCGACCUGCGCCAGGUCUUCCGCCAGGCCGCCACCUCGGCCAUCGUGGGCGCGGCGCUGGCGGUCCAGGCCGGCGUGGCGCCGCGCCUGCCGGCGCUGGCGCGGCCGGGGGACGUGAUCGCCGCCGCUGGUGGCUCCGCUGCCCUGCUCCUGCCCGUGCCGCGGGCGGGGGACCUGGUGGCGGCUGCGCGCGACGUCGUGGCGGCGCUGACGCGGCGCGGCGCCGACCGCUCCGAGCCGGCCUGGGCGUCGGGCGACGUGCAGGUCAUCAGUCCCAUGCGUGCGGGGCCGGUCGGCACGGGGGCGCUCAACCCCGUGCUGCAGGGCCUGCUGAAUCCGGGGGGUCCCGAUGCUGUCGGCGGCGGGAGCGGGGCAGCACAGAGCCACGGCCUGCGCCCGGGGGACCGGGUCAUGCAACUGGUCAACGACUAUGACCGGGAGGUCUUCAACGGCGACCAGGGCACGGUGGUGUCCUGGGACCCCGCCGGCAAGGUGGUCAAGGUGCAGUUUCCUCACCUGGUGGAGGCGGCGGCCGCCGAGAGGGCGGAAGCACCGGCGUCGUUCGCCGCUCGAGCGGGUGCCAACCCCGCCCCCGACGGCGUCUGCUCGUACCAGGGCUCCGAGGCGGGCGCGCUGGGCCUGGCCUACGCCAUCACGGUGCACAAAGCUCAGGGUGGGGAGGCGCCCUGCGUGGUGCUGGUGCUGGCGCCAGGUCACGGCCGCAUGCUGGACCGCCGGCUGGUGUACACGGCCCUGACGCGCGCCAAGAAGCUGCUGGUGGUGGUCCAGGCGAGCAGGCCGGGGGAGCCCUCGCCGCUGGAGCUGGCGGUGCAGCGGCGCGAGGUUGGCACGCGCCACUCAGGCCUGGGCGACAGGCUGGCGGCGCUGGGGGGCGAUGCCAGGCGGCACACUCCCGACGUGCACCAUGGCGGGCGGAGUCUUGAAAUUGAAGCUCUCGCUGAGGGAAAGGCGGGCGAUGGUAGAGGACAUGGGCCAGAAUCCCCCAGCCGGGAUUGCCAGCCCCUGGGCCUGGAUCCCGUGCAAGAACGGCCCGGCACUGAGGAGCGGCCGCCCUUCUGA